AUGCCCGCGCUGGUCGUGCUGGCUGCGAUGACUGAGCUGGGUGUAGGACGGGCCGGAGCUGCGGCGCAGAGCGGCUCCGGCAGCGCGCGCCUUUUUCUUUGCUUGAAGAACAUAAGAACUUUUCUUUCGGCAUGCUGUGAAAUAUUUGGGAUGAAGAAAAGUGAACUUUUUGAAGCAUUUGAUUUGUUUGAUGUGAGGGAUUUUGGAAAGGUCAUAGAAACCCUCUCAAAGCUUUCUCGCACUCCUAUAGCAGUCGGCACAGGAAUAAGGCCCUUCCCUACAGAAGAAAGCAUUGAUGAUGAAGACAUCUACAAAGGUCUUCCUGAUCUAAUAGAUGAAACUGGUGAAGAUGAAGAGUUAUAUGAUUGUGUCUAUGGAGAAGAUGAAGGUGGGGAGGUAUAUGAAGACCUCAUGAAGGAUGAAGCAGCACAGCAACCUAAACAUACUGAAAAUGACAUAAGAAGCUGUUGUCUUGCUGAAAUAAAGCAAACUGAAGAGAAAUACACUGAAACACUGGAAUCGAUAGAGAAAUUUUUCAUGGUGCCAUUGAGAAGGUUUUUGUCAGCAUCAGAGUUUGAUACUGUUUUCAUCAACAUUCCUGAUUUGGUGAAAAUUCACCGAAGUCUAACACAGGACAUCAAUGACUCCAUUGUUAACAAAAACGAUCAGAACCUGUAUCAGAUUUUUAUUAACUACAAAGAAAGAUUGGUUAUUUAUGGACAGUACUGCAGUCAAGUGGAGAUAGCAAUAUCAUGUUUAGACAACAUCUCUAAGACAAAAGAAGAUGUUAAGUUGAAGUUAGAGGAAUGUUCCAAGAGGGCCAAUAACGGGAAGUUUACGUUGCGUGAUCUCUUAGUGGUUCCAAUGCAGAGAGUACUAAAAUAUCACCUGCUGCUCCAGGAGCUGGUAAAACAUACUACGGAUCCUAUGGAGAAGGCAAAUCUCAAGCUGGCACUUGAUGCCAUGAAGGACUUGGCUCAAUAUGUAAAUGAAGUGAAGAGAGAUAAUGAAACACUCCGUGAAAUUAGACAAUUUCAACUAUCAAUAGAGAAUUUGAAUCAUUCUCUGUUACAGUAUGGAAGGCCACAAGGUGAUGGGGAAAUAAGGAUAACUACAUUAGACAAACGUGCAAGGCAAGACAGGCAUAUUUUCUUGUUUGAUCUAGCUGUAAUCGUUUGUAAACGGAGAGGUGAUAAUUAUGAAAUGAAGGAAAUAAUAGAUCUUCAAAAAUACAAAAUUACAAAUAAUCCCACUACUGAUAAAGAAAAUAAAAAGUGGUCUUAUGGCUUCUACCUCAUUCAUAUCCAAGGUCAAAAUGGAUUAGAAGUUUACUGUAAAACUAAGGACUUGAAGAAAAAGUGGCUUGAACAAUUUCAAAUGGCCUUGUCAAACAUACGGCCAGACUAUGCAGAUACAAGCUUUCAUGAGUUCAAGAUGCAUACCUUCAAUCGUGUGACAUCUUGCAAAGUCUGUCAGAUGCUUCUGAGGGGAACAUUUUAUCAAGGCUAUUUAUGUUCUAAGUGUGGAGCUGGAGCACACAAAGAGUGUUUAGGAAGAUUAGACAAUUGUGGCAGAGCUAAUUCAGAACACGGGAACCUGAAACACGAG